GGUCUGCAUCCGUAUAGCAUGGAGGAACGAAAAGAUUCAACAGCACGGCAUAUCCGCAGCUUUGGAGACCUCCAUUUGGCAGCUGCCAAUGUGUACGCCUGCAUUGACGUGUACGAUUUGUUCCGCAGAGUUGUAAACAUGAUUGCUUCUCUAGAGUACUCCUACAUGUAUUUGGUAGUGUUGCGGUCGGUGAUCACAGAAGCUCCGCAGAAAAAGCUGUUGUGUAGCAAGUGGCACAAGCUGGAGAAAAGCGUCAUACAGGUGCCCUUCCGGACAACUGUAGAUGUGCUAACAGAUGUUACAUACGUCCCUCUUCUCAGUCGUAACAACUGUGAGAUACUCAAAAUACUGAUACUACGUAUGAAUGUCGGCGGCAGCGGCAAACGGAUGCAGGAUGAAAAGGAGGCCGAGAAUGACGAGAAGGAAACUCCAAUGCCAGUAUUGUUGCUUUCUCCUUCAGUCGACGAAAGCCAUUUCAUGCCACCCGUAGAGCCUGCCGAGGAGUUUACUGGUAAAUCGAUCUUCAAGUCCAAGAGAAGGCCCUUUCAGAUAAGAUGGAACCACGAGGGAGAAUAUGACAUUGGCAGGUUGCACAAGAAAUACGGGAGCAAUCUCACUGAUGACGAUCUCGAUAUACUUACCGACCAGUUUUUAUGGCCAUGUCUCAAGCUCACUCCCGCCAUGUCGUUACUAGACAAGCUCUCGGUCAUCCUCACGGGCUAUCUAUACUCGGGAGAGCUGGAGUCUCACACAUUGCAACGGUUUUGGGAGGGAAGAAGCCAAGCUGCUCUGACCAACAAUGAAAACCUCAGAAAUAGCAAAAUCCCUGCCGUUGUUUUCGAAGAUCUCGAUUUCAAGACGGCAGAAGCUAGUUUGACGGAAUUGAAGCUGAGAAUGACCGCCAAAAUGAAAGAAUUCGAGGACCUCUGACCGCCUCCGUUUAUUUGCUAAUAAGAUUCAGUCUAUAGAAAUAUGUAUAUCACAUCGUUCGUCCUAUACACUCUGUAACUCCUUGAUAAACUCGCCAACUUUGUCGCCUUUGCGCAUCAAGGACUCACCAAUGAGAAACCCGUAGACGUUUUGGUCAACAUAAGACUUCACAUCUGCAGCACCGCUGAUGCCGCUUAAGGCCAGAAACACCAACUCUUUUCGCUGCUCUGCCGUGAUGCCAGAAAGUACACUAGUGGUGGUAUCCAGGUCGACGUUGAAGUCUUUCAAGUUUCUGUUGUUGACGCCGAUCACCUUCGACCC